AAUGUCCAACCUACCUUUCGUGCUGCUGUCACUUGAAAACAAAAUCAAAAAAAUUUAUUUGUUGGAGCCCAUCGUUGCUGAACAUCUACGACAACAACAUUUACGAGAAGAAAAAAUAGCUCUCAAAGUCAUGGCAAAUGUGGAGGACUCGAUGCAACCGAACAACACCGAAGCCGUUACCAAGGUCACCACACCGGAGGACUCCUGGUGUCUCAUCGAGAGCGAUCCGGGUGUUUUCACCGAGCUAAUACGCGGCUUUGGCUGCACCGGUGCCCAGGUGGAGGAGAUCUGGACACUGAACGCUCAUGCCUUCCAUCUGCUGGAGCCCAUACAUGGCCUGAUCUUUCUGUUCAAGUGGGUGCAGGACGACAAGCCGGACGGGCAGGUGGUUAGAAAUUGCAAGGAUGUGUUCUUUGCCCGCCAGGUAAUCCCUAAUGCCUGCGCCACCCAGGCCCUGCUCAGUAUUCUGCUCAAUCUCCGUCACACGGAUAUUGAUUUGGGCGAAACGCUGACUGGCUUCAGGCAAUUCUGCCAGAGCAUGGACCCGGAGAGUCGUGGUCUGUGCCUGGGCAAUGAGGAAAAGAUCCGAACGGUGCACAACUCCUUUGCCCGGCCCGUGCACUUUGAGGUGGAACUGCCGCAGUCACCGAUGGACGAUGAUGUGUAUCACUUUGUGGGUUAUAUGCCCAUCAAUGGACGUCUCUAUGAGCUGGAUGGUCUUCAUGAAGGUCCCAUCGAUCUGGCCGAAAUCAAACGUGGUCAAAACUGGCUGGACGUGGUUCGUCCCAUUAUCGAGGCCCGAAUGCAACGCUAUAGCGUUGGAGAGAUUCAUUUCAAUCUAAUGGCCGUCGUUUCGGAUCGCCAGCGUUGCUAUGAGCGUCAAAUCCAAUUGCUUGUCCACCAGCCACCGCCUUCGCUUAGUCUGGCUGAAAGGCAGGCGGAGAUAGCCAACCUGAGGACCUAUGUCAAGUUCGAGAUGGAAAAGAAGCGACGCUAUCGGCAGGAGAAUCAGCGUCGUCGCCACAACUAUCUGCCCUUCAUAAUGGAGCUGCUGAAGCAGCUGGGCGAGACCAAGCAGCUGAUGCCCAUCUACGAGAAGGCCAAGCAGCGGGCCAUCCAGUACCAGUUGCAGCAGGAUCUGUCGCAGUACGGUCAGAUGCAGUGAACGGAAACUCCAGCUAAGAUGCCAGAAUAAAAUUAUCAAGGUGAAAAGAUAAAACCCAUUUGGCUAGCAAAAGACUUGAUAUCAAAAUUAUAAGUUCAAAGAAGAUUUCAAUGGAGCUCUCUUUAUAAAUACCGUAUUGAGUAUCGUGUUAUGCCCAAUAAAUGGCUUCUAAUGGA